UGGUCGUUACCUCGUGCCCCCCCAGGCCCAGCACCGAGUGUAGUUACACCGCCCUCGAAAAAAAAAAAAAAAAAAAAAAAAACCAAGAAAGCCUAUUUCACCUAUGGAGAAUUCCGCAUCCCACCGUAACCACACCGGGCCCAAAGACAUUGCAAGAUGGUGUCCAGAGUCGGUUGACGGGCAUGGAAGGUGCCGAGCUGAAUUAUUCCUGUUGCUAUUUCUAGCAUAUGUCGUCGAUAUCACACUCUGCUUCUCUGUCAAGCAUCGGUCGGAACCAAUACAGUGUCACCCGACCUCGAUCCUCGCCCGGUACUUCAGCAGAGAAAAACAGAAGCUUCGUGUCCGUGGUAGCGAAGCUGACGCGCGCGUAAUUAAAGUCACAUGGCAUAUAUACACCAUAUCCUUUAUAUACGUUAUGGUGCUCGGCCCGAGAGCUAGCGCCACCGGAAACCCCUUAACCGUUCAGCUACAGCCUCGUUGGAUCUAUUCCAAAGCAAAAUGUCCUUUCAAGAGUAUCGUAGGAUCCAGCUACUUCGCAGAGAACUGCCAAUCCAUUACCUCUGACUACUCCGAGCACCCCAUCACGAUGCAUAGGACUGGAAUCGGUUCAGGGAAUAUCGGUAUCUUGACAGCCAUUCUCUGUUAAACUUCCAAAGUUGAACACAUCCAGUUCUUAUGAGUUCAAUUCAGUUAAGGAAGUGCAAAUAUGUUGAACAAUUUCAAUUUCGUGCUCUGCUCCGAAUAAAUGCUGACUAUGUGAAUAGACCACCGUGAGACAAAUAUAUAAGUUAUAUCACAUGUAAACAAUCCGCUUGAACCCCGUUCGCACCUGCAUCGAACGUAAUUAAAACCCACUCCAGGUGGCGGGUGAAAAGAACAAUCCUUCGCGUCUAAACCUUACGCAAGUCAUGUUCUCGGUGCGUCGUUGAAUCCCAAUGCUCAUAUGCUCGUGCCCCUCGCCCCUUUAAUAAUCAUG